AUGGGCAGCAACGAAUGGAAGCUUCACGAGAAGGUCAUCCGCGGCAGGAGCGAUCUAGUCGACCUCAUCCUCGAUGAGCAAGCCUCCGUGGACAACGGGAUCAAAGUCAUCCCACUCAAAGAGCACAUGUUCCCGGCACCCGCCCUGGAAGCCACGUUGAAGUACUUCUACGCCGGAGACGAUGUUCUGGAGGACACAACCGAGAUUGUCGAGCUUCUCGCAAUCUACGAGGUCUCGGCGACCUUGCUCGUCCCGCCCCUGGAGAAGAAAUUGGCCUCCCGAAUCGGCGAAGAACUCGGUAACAUCUUGCAGGAUAGAGUCGACAUGUUGGAUGAGUUCAUGAUGAUUGCGGACAUCAUCGUGAACGAGGAGGGCGCAGCCUGGGAGGGAGUUCAUCGCGAGCUCCAGACCGCUAUUGCUCCUCACCUGGUGAUGCUUCUGCAACAGGCAGAGUUCUCCGGGUUUCUCAAGGGUCGCCCGGAGUUCUGUUUCGCGACUUUGUCGACGGCUGUCAAGCAGAUCGAACACAUCACCAAUGACUCCGAGACGAAACUUGCCAAAGCAAUGGAGAACAUGAAGGUUGCAAAGACCGACGACGAUACUCCCACUACGAUGCCAAAGACGCCGAUGACGAAACACUCCACGAGUACCAAGCAAUCCCAGGAUAUUCAGACCGCUGCGGCCACUAUCAAUGUCAAGAUCGAGAGCCCAGAUACCACGGAAGUUCUGCCUGCUUCUCCUUCGCUGCGAACUGUUGAUGCCGGAUCGACUCCAUUCCUUGGCUCUCGCUCCCGUAAUGCGAUUGACUCAAAGCCUUUCAAGUUCGAGUUCAGAAGCGAGAGAGCCUUAUCCCCUACACCACGUGCUGCAAAUCGGAAGAAGUCUCUGACGGUCAAGUUCUCUCCCACGGUUACCGACGGCAAGGCCGCCUCUGAUGACGAAUCCCUUGUGUCCGAAGGUGGUAACAUCUCUGUGUCCGAUACAUCGUCACAGUGGGAGUCAUGCGACGAGGGAACUCUCCUGGAUCAUUCAAAGGCAGAGCAGCGUGGUCGUAACGCAUUGGUAGCUACGACGAUGGCGAAAAGAUCGGCGCAGACCACAACCGAGAUCGCGAACAAGAGUCGAGCCAUGGUAUCUGAUGAUUCUGCAUACUCAUCUCCUGCGUACACCGCCAAGGCUACGACUAGACUUGAGGAGGAACAGUCAGUCGGGGUCGAGCCUCUCAAGAAACGUACCGGCAGCUAUCACUUCAGCAGCAAGCAGCUCCACCAUGACCAGACGAGCGACUACGCUCCUCCUGCUGGACGAAGUGGCAUGAAAAACCCCAGCAGCUCUAUCUUUCAAGAGCCUCGGGUUUCCACGGGGGUCCAGGAGAGUUACACCAACACCUCCACAACCGCCUCGCGUCCCCGCACCUUGCCUUCCGCAUACGCAGUCCCAGUUCAACACCCUGCGCCCUGUCCGGAGCCGGCUGAGCAACGUCCGAUACUUGAUCGCAAGACAACCCGGCAGGUGGAGAAGGGCCGCCUCCACGUUGAGACAUCUGAUACCUUCGCAUCAUCCGGUCGAAACCACGCGAGAUCUCAGUUGGGGAGCCGCACUGAUGAGGCUCCGAUCGCUUGCAAUCCUUCUUAA